AUGGAAGGUCUUGAUAUCGACCCUACUUCCACCUCAAAUGAGCCGGCGCCGCUUCGAGUGAUCAAGCGCCAGUCAAGACGGAUUCGAGGGAGCGAUGCCACCAGCGAGUACGGCAGCACGCGCUCCCGGCGAACCAGCGGGCAGACUGAGGAGAGCAUUGGAAGCGCUCCCGGGCUACCGGGCUGGGAUCGUCCUCUGACCGUGAGGAAGAAGCGGCAAUCCGUUUUCACGUCGUCCUACUCUUUGAGCCCUCCAAUUCGAGCUCUUCGGCCAGAGCGUUCCUACAUGAUGCUUCCGCACACGAGAGAACAAAUCUCUUCCAAGAUUCAUUCCAACGGCGGCAUGUCAAGUCUGAAGUACCCCUCGCCCAUCAAAGAGAUGCCGGAUUCAGUGCUCCCCGAUGGGAUGGACGGAUACCUUUCCCCAGCGCAUCAUUCUUCCUACGACAAGAAUGAAAGUGUUUCGCAAUCUCCAUGUCCCAUGGAAUAUAGCAAUGCGUAUCAUGCGCCCAUCUAUCAAGAUGCUCAUGUGCUCGUACCGCAUAUAUCGAUUACACCCGAGGCUCGGAAAUGGGAUGACAGCGGUGACGUGCUGUGGACUGCGAUCGAGAUCACCGGCCAAGUUCGCCAGUCGUCGAACUCACAGCCUGCAUUUUCUCAACAUGUGGGCUGCGAAGGCAUUGCCCUCCCAGCCGCUCAGGGGAGCAUUCGUCACUGA